UGUCAACGGUAGGUCCACUGUACAAAAUUACCCUGAUGAUUUAUAAACUUACAGAUUGAUGAAUGCAAUAAAUGUCGACAACUUCGACAUAUUACAUGUGGUUUAUAUGAUUAGUAUGUAUUUUGUUGUUUGUAAAUAAGUUUUAUCAAUGGGCAGAGAGUUUUAUCAUAUUUUGUAUACCACGAGGUUCAUCAUGAUACAUACUGAUUAGCUAGCUAGUUCGCUGGGAAUUUCCCAUUCUCCACGUACCGUAAGCUAGCUAACUGUACUGCCGUACUGAAUGUAUUUUGACAUUUGAUUUUAUUGGUGCAGAUGCUGUGUACCAAUUGUGAUAUUUGCAUGAACAGUACCAUCGCCGCUUGUAGAAAGCGUCAUCGACAGUCGCAUCCGGGAAUUCUGUCGAGAUGGUCAUGGCGGAGGGUACUGCUGUUCUGAGGAGGAAUCGGCCAGGCACUAAGGCGAAGGAUUUCUACAACUGGCCCGAUGAGUCCUUUGAGGAGAUGGACAGCACGUUAGCUGUCCAGCAGUACAUCCAGCAGAACAUCCGCUCUGACUGCUCCAAUAUUGACAAGAUCCUAGAGCCACCGGAAGGCCAAGAUGAGGGUGUGUGGAAAUAUGAGCACUUAAGGCAGUUUUGUUUGGAGCUAAAUGGACUGGCUGUCAAACUACAGGGUGAGUGUCACCCUGACACAUGUACCCAGAUGACCGCCACAGAGCAGUGGAUCUUCCUCUGUGCAGCACACAAGACACCAAAAGAGUGUCCAGCCAUCGACUACACAAGGCACACGCUGGAUGGAGCAGCCUGCCUUCUGAACAGCAACAAGUAUUUCCCUAGCCGUGUCAGCAUUAAAGAGUCGUCCGUAGCCAAACUGGGAUCAGUGUGCCGUCGCAUCUACAGGAUUUUCUCCCACGCCUACUUCCACCAUCGGCAGAUAUUUGAUAAAUACGAGAACGAGACCUUCCUGUGCCACCGCUUCACGCGCUUUGUCAUGAAGUACAACCUGAUGUCCAAGGACAACCUGAUCGUGCCCAUCCUGGAGGAGGAGGUGCAGAACUCCGCCGCCACAGGGGAGAGCGAGGCCUGAGACGGAGGAGACGGCGGCCAUGGUGGCAGCGGCAGCAGUGUGUUCUGCAGCUAUGCCCAGUGCCCCCCCUCCCAUCCCAUCCUCCCAACGCCCAUCCCUCCUCAAAAAAGAAAUAAUCUUUUUUGAUUCGUUGUUUUCUGAGCAGCUUAGACUUGACACAUGCAUACUCUGGUGUGCCCCUUGUAUAUAUGACCACCACCGUCCCCUCCACCCUCCUCUUGGCUUUUAUUCUAACAAUCAUGUCUGUCGUGGGUGCUUCAGCUUUAAAGUUCUCUCUCUCUCUCUCUUUCGUUUGAGCGUGGUUGUAUCCCACCCCCCCCCCCCCACACCGUCAUUAUUAAGUUAUUUAAUGGGGAAAGGCACAUGACCUAAUCCACAAUUUUUGUUUUUAUUUUUCUUAAAUGAUGAACUAAAGUUUGAUAUUUUCAUGUCUUAAUUAAAAAAAAUACUUGUACCCAGAAA